CGUGUGUCAGAGGUUAAAGUUCCCCCCGAGCAAGACCGGCGCUGCCCCCUGCUGGUGCUCUGGGUUCCUCUACCAAAACACACGAGGUAACAAGAGGCGGCUACGGUGGAGAGGAGAGCAGAGCAGAGAGGGGGCAAUCAAUGAGUGGAGUAAAACAGUAAUCCUGCGCGUCGCAGGCUAUCUUUAAGAAAUGGAUCCAACUCCGUGCAAUAUAUAACCUUGAAAUGACCCAAGCUCUUCGUAUGCACCGGCUGCUGAGCUGAAGCACAUCCACCUGUUCCGUCACCAGAGGAGUAAUCCUAAUAAUGACGAUAAAAAAAUAAAUAGUUCCGUUGCAGUGUAACCACGGCAACUCCUCCCUCAAUACGCACCAGCACCAAAGCCCCCGCCGCGUGAACGGAGCAGGGGAGGAUGCGCCGUCUGCAGCUCACCUGGCUUCAUGCACACAGCAGCCGCUUCACGUGCUCCUCCUCUGUCGUCGGAGAGCGGUCACAUUUUUUUUUUGCUCAAUGAGAGCAAGAGGGCACCGGAGAGGAAAGGAUUUCCGAAUCUCAACGUGCUGCUGUGCCUGAGCGCCUGCUUUUCCUCGCCUCUGUCAAAGCAGAGGCUAAUAUGAAGACAUCAUUUGGCAAACCAGACCCUGGAAAGCACCAACAAUCUUUUCAACUCAAUUGAAACUGAAGACAACACCAUGCUUUGUCUCCAUUAAAACCUGCUCCACACCCUUUUCCUAUCUAUUCACUGAGAGUGAGGACACCACGAGCUGCAUAGCCAUGGGUUCAGAUAAAGCCUGCAUGGAUACACGAGAGCGACGACCCAUAUUGGGUGCUGCUUGCAAGCGGCAGAGUCACCGGUGUCUGCGGAAAAAGCUGAGGCCUGUGCGAAUCUUGGGGUUAAUUUUCAGCCUUGUGGCCAUAAGUGCUGUCUACCUCAGUGCCUUGACCAGGAGCUCAGGCGGUCUCAGUGAGCCGGCGCUCCCCCAGGAGAGUCUCCACCAGUCGGCCCCCCACAGGACUCUGCUUUUCACCCAACACCAGAGGGACCCCAAUGGGUCAGCCGACAUUCCUAUAGCCAUGAAAUCUACAGCAAAUAGCAACAAGAGCCAGGGGGACUACCCACCAGAUGCUUUCACCCUUGAGGAGCGGCGCCAAGGGGCGGUGGCCCUCCACAUGUUCGGCAUGAUCUACAUGUUCAUUGCCUUAGCCAUAGUGUGCGACGAGUUUUUCGUCCCGGCGCUCACAGUCAUCACAGAGAAGCUGACCAUUUCGGAUGACGUGGCAGGCGCCACCUUCAUGGCGGCGGGAGGCUCAGCCCCAGAACUCUUCACCUCCAUCAUCGGCGUCUUCAUCUCACACAGCAACGUGGGCAUCGGGACCAUCGUGGGCUCGGCCGUCUUCAAUAUUCUCUUUGUCAUUGGGAUGUGCGCCAUCUUCUCCAAGGAGAUCCUCAACUUGACAUGGUGGCCGCUCUUCCGCGACGUCUCCUUCUACAUCCUGGAUCUGAUCUUGCUCAUCAUCUUCUUCCUGGAUAACAUCAUCUCCAUGUGGGAAAGUAUCACUCUGCUCUCGGGCUAUGCCGCCUACGUGAUCUUCAUGAAGUUUAACAGCAACAUGGAGGGCUUCGUCAAAAAUUGCAUGAGCAAGAAUCAAGUGGUAGAAGUAGCGGUGCAGCCCAAGGAUGAGAAGGCAAGUCCUGGGGCACCAGAGGAUGACGGCAAGCUGUCGGCGAGGCCUCGGCUGCAGAGGGGGGGUAGCUCUGCCUCCCUGCACAACAGCUUGAUGAGGAACAGCAUUUUCCAGCUCAUGAUUCACACAUUAGACCCUCUAAGUGAAGAAUUUGCUGACUCUGAGCUUGGGACUUAUGGGAAACUAAAAUAUUAUCACUCAAUGACUGAGGAAGGUAAAUUCCGAGAGAAGGCCUCCAUCCUUCACAAGAUUGCGAAGAAGAAAUGCCAAGUGGAAGACAGUGAGAAGGCUAAUGGAGUCGCAAGUCGUUCAGAUAAGAACCUUCCGAACAGCUCCAGCGUGGAAGUGGAAGUGACACCACCCAUGAACGGAACGGCAGGGCAAGAGGGAGAGACGGCAGAGGAUGAGGAGGAAGAGGACCAGCCUCUGAGUCUGUCCUGGCCCGAAUCCAACCGCAAGCGCUUCACCUACCUCUUAAUCAUACCCAUCGUCCUCCCCCUGUGGCUUACGCUGCCUGAUGUCAGGAAACCGACGUCAAAGAAGUUCUUCCCCGUCACCUUUGUGGGUGCCAUCUGCUGGAUCGCAGGCUUCUCGUACCUAAUGGUGUGGUGGGCUCACCAGGUUGGAGAGACCAUUGGGAUUACAGAAGAGAUUAUGGGCCUGACUAUAUUAGCAGCUGGAACCUCCAUCCCUGACCUCAUCACCAGUGUUAUUGUGGCACGCAAGGGGCUGGGUGAUAUGGCUGUCUCCAGCUCUGUCGGCUCCAACAUCUUCGACAUUACCGUCGGACUGCCGUUCCCCUGGCUCCUCUGGUCCUUCUUCAACGGCCUGCAACCGGUGCAAGUCAGCUCCAACGGCCUCUUCUGUGCCAUCGUGCUCCUCUUCCUCAUGCUCCUCUUCGUCAUCAUCUCCAUUGCCGCGUGCAAGUGGCGCAUGAGCAAGCUGCUCGGCUUCAUCAUGUUCAUGCUGUAUUUCGUCUUCCUGGUGCUCAGCGUCAUGCUGGAGGACAAGGUCAUUUCCUGUCCAGUGUCUGUCUGAAGGACGGCCGGGGACCGACUUCCUCUCCCACGCCGCCACCACUACCACCACCACCACCACUACAGCCAUCUUUAUUGUCUGCCAUCACUCUCACCUGACCUUUAUGAUCCUUUAACCCUUGAAUAAAAGAAGAACUGGAUGAGAGAUUAAAAUAAGAAUAUAGAGAAAAAACAGAGAAGGACUGAUAUUAUCAGGAGGCAGGUGGUGGCGGGGAGCAGUUAAACCAAAAAGGGCACAAGACUUUGGCUUGGCUGAUUAAGCGUAGGCCGAACUUGAGUGGACUUUUAUUUAUUAUAAUUAUUAAAUUGGCAAGUGAGGGGGAUUAUGGGUGUAUCAGCCAAAUAUAGAAACAUUAUGCAUGCCAUUAGUGUCACUAGAAGGCCUGAACGACCUCCUGUGAACUUUGGGGGUAAAAAACAACAACUAAAGAGCCACUGAAUAAAACUCUUAAUUGUAAAUGCAGUGAUUGAGCUGAAAUCGUGAGCAUAUUUGAACUAGUUCAACAGACUAAGAUGCUGUCUGAAGAGGAGUUUGGGGGAAUGACGGACUGCGUGGAUGAAAACUUUGUGUUUCCUGUCUGACGGUAUUCAGCAACAAGAUUCUCCUGUGGGCUCCGCACCUGAGGGAAGAAAGACUCUUGCUUGACAGACAAAAUUCUUCUUUAUUUCUUUUUUUUUUCCUUAAAUGAAUCUGUGCUCUGUCUGAGUGACAGGUUUAAGCUUUCCCCUUCUCCCCGCCAGAUGUUGUUUUUCACCGCUGAAUGUUUCUUCGGAGGAUUCCUUUUCAUUUUUUGGAUUCAUUUUCAUGAAAUAUAUAAAAGUAGCAGUAGUUGUACUGUAGCAGUAUUAGACGGUGUAGAGUCCUCUUGACAAUCUGCUCCUCUGUUUUUUUCUCUCCCCUGGACACACACAUUCUGAUUGUACAGACGUUUUCAUGCUUCACAAACACCGACUGAUAACAGUGAGAAAACUGACAUUUAGCCUCUCAAAAUAUACACUAGCUUUCGAUAUCUUUGAAUAAAAAAGAGCAAUGAGUAAUUCAGGCUCAUUAAAGCUCCAUAAUGAAGUUGAUGUCAAAAAUAACAUAUUUGAAAAGAACAGUGUUUAAGCGUCAUGGUUGGUUUAGAUUAGUAAAUGUCUAGCGCUUUGUUCACGAUAGAACUGGGCUCAACUCAAGCUCCUGGGGUCGUAGUUUCAAGGAGUCAACUGCAUGUUAAAUAAAAAAAUAAAAAAACACAGGCAACCAAUCAACAUUUGAGAAGUCGUACACCAAACCUUUAUCUGACAUGUUUCACAACUUCCUAACGCAAACCAGUGCUCAGUCUCUGUGUAGAAAAUGUCAACAUGUAUGGUCAACGAUAUCUAUCGAACUUGUGCAAUUUCUUUCUCUGAUCAAAGGUGCUUUCGUGUGCAUGUGUGCGUUUGGAGUCAUCACACAACGACCAUUCCUUCGAUGCUGCAACUACCUGCACAAAAAAAAAAAAUAUACAAACCAUAAUCACAACCUCUCGUUAAGCUGCAUAGAAUGUGGAGAACACAGAUUUAACAGCAAUAUACCGUGCGUGUCACCGCUGAGAAUUGCACCCCCUCACCCAUGUGUAUGACGUGGUCCACCACGACCCCCCCGACCUUUUCUCCUAAAUCGGACCUACAACCCUGUUCCCGUUAGCUCCACGGCCAGAAACACCCGCUUUACCUCAACACAGCCACUGUACAGCAGCUUCGUAGGAAUACUGUAUCUGUAACUGUAAAAUACUAGUAAAUAGAUUCUCAGAGUGUGCGUGAGGAACAAAUGCAUGCGAGGAAUUUGGGCUGGUUACCCACCGACUGUACAGCUGAGCUUAUCCAACCAUGUAUGUUCACUUUUAUGCAUCCAUUCAGAGAUGAACACCAAGAACACAUUGAUUUUACUUUGUAAAUAUAAACCAACAUGUAUUUAAUUGACUUUGAUUUAUUCAAUUUUUGUUUAUUGUGAGCAAAACACAACACGUGAGCUCUUUAUUUUUAGACUUCUCGACAUCCGAUUAACAUAAAACUGUCAAUGUGCCCAUUCAGUUUCUGGUGAGAAAGGAGGGUGUAAAAUACCUCGUACCCACCUCGGAUUCAGUGAUGCUGAUAAUUUUCUACAGUUUGCAAAAACACAGGAAAAACAAAAUGACAAUCCCUGCACAAAGCAAACUCAUAUGUUUAAACCCUUAUUCGCUGUGUGCUCUCAUUUUUGUAGAUUUCCUCAAACAUCUUCCGCCAACAGGAUUCAACUGAAGGCCUCCAGGAUGAGAAAUUCUCCUGUGCCCAUUCGCCAAUAAAUCAGAGUGCCCACACGCUCCUCUUAACAUGGUCUCAUCUCACCUCUAUUUAGAAUCAGGCUGGAGAAGUAGGGCCACUUAAAAAAAAAAAAAGAAAGUUGUAAUAUUAUGAUGCAAGAAGUCAUAAUUUUACAAGAAUAACUUCGUAAAAUCGUUGAAAUGAGGAAUUUAAUAUUGUUAAGUUAUACUUAGUAUAGGUUUUCUAAUACUCCAUCGUAAAGACAUUAGCACUCUAUUGUCUAUAAUAAAUAAGAAGUUAGCUGCUUAGCUUAGCUGAAGAACUGGGAACAGGAGGAAACAAAUUAGCUCUUUCACUGUUUCCUGCUAUAGAAAGCUAAUUAUUUGCAAGCGUGCAGACAUGACAGUGGCAUCAGUCUUUUCUUCUCACCUUUGGCAAGAAAGUGAAUAUCAUUUUCACAACUACUGCUGAUACAAGUGAAAAGGUCAUUUGUUCAAGUAUGGUUGACCCUCUACCACUAUGGUCACAUAUGCAUUCUGUAUCUGUGCACUUCCUAAAACCUCCUUUCACGACAACACUUUCUUUCUUUCUCUAAAGUUUCCAUGAAGUUUUCUGUGUGAGAGCAUGAAUGGUGAGAAUUAAAAAAAGGAUAAAAAGCUAAAACCGGUUUAGCACGUGAGCGUGGCAUUGAUUGUGGUUUCCAGGGUAAGCGACCGUGAGAGUUGGCCACUGGUGAACAUUCUUGCACUGUAAAUGUUUUAUUUUCUUGGUGUUAAUGUAAGAUUUAUUUAAGGUGUACAUAUAUACAGAUACAAAUUAACCGAUAUAAUCUAUAUGUGUAAAAGAAAUAUGUCUCUUUAUGUAAAAACACAAAGUAUAUAAUAUAUCAAAUAAAGAUGAUAAU